AUGGAGAACAGAGUGUACCGCGCCACCACCGAGGAGCGCCCGGGCGCGGCCAGGGGCGGCCAGGGCGCCUGCUGCUCUCUGAGCCGGCUCCCGCUGCCCCGGCUCAUCCUCAAAGGCGCGCAGCUGGUGCUGUCCCUGCUGGCCUUCAUCAGUGAAGAGGUCGUGUCCCAGUGCACGCUGUGCGGAGGACUUUACUUCUUUGAGUUUGUCAGCUGCAGUUCCUUCCUUCUGAGUCUCCUCAUACUGAUUGUGUAUUGCACUAGUGUUUACAACAGAGUUGAUGCUGAAAAAGUGAAAUCAUCGGAUUUUUAUAUCAGUCUGGGAACAGGACUUGUCUUCUUGUUAGCAUCCAUUAUAUUUACUGCCACACAUGACAGGACGUCGGCUGAGCACGCUGCAGUUGUGUUUGGGUUUCUGGCAAGUAUUGCAUUUCUGGUUGACGUUUUUCUGAUGUUUCAUGAAAAACGGCAAGCCCAGUCGAAGAACCCGGAGAAGCGCACUGGUGGCACAGAGGUCAACGUCCCACUUAAUGUUCCCUAG